CGCGGAGUUCCCCCGUCCCCGUUGCCCUCGUUCCCCCGGCGGCCCCCGCCGCCUCCUCCGCCCCCGCCCCGCCGCAGGGAACCGCCCUCGCCCGGCCGCCCCGCGGGCACCCGGCCUCCGCGGGGGCGGCGGGCGGAGAAGUAAAACGAGGCCCCGGCAGGGACGGGGUGCUGGAGCCGGAGCCGCCGCCGCCAGGGGAAGUAGGGUCUCGGCUAACCCCGGGCGUGCAGACCGCAGCUGAAGACCUCUGCUGUCGUUUGGGUGAGGGCUUUCCUGGGUCAGACCCUAAGGGUCGGUGAAAGGAGUUGUGUCUUAGCCUUGUUCCCGUGUCACCGGCAGCACGAAGCCUUAAGCGAGAUGAUAGGUGGAAAUGAAUCCUGUUCUGCAGGACCGAUACCUGUGUCCUACAUAACCUGCCUGACUUACAUUCUGGGAGAAUGGACUGGCGUGGAGCAUAUUGAAGAUUAUUUGAGUUAUGCAGUCUACCUUUUAUGGGUGCUUUUUCCACUCGCAGUAGUUUUUCUACUUCCAGGAGUUAUUGUCAUCCUCUUCUACAUUUCCAUUCUCUUACUUCAUAUUUAUAAAAGGAAGAAUGAACUGAGGGAAGCUUAUUCCAGUGAUUUCUGGGAUGGUGCAAAACUAAUGUUAGCUACCCUAUGGGAUGGACAUGGAAGAAUAUGGCAUGGUUAUGAGCUUCAUGGUACUGAAAAUAUUCCUGAAGGACCAGGGCUUAUUGUGUUUUAUCAUGGAGCUACUCCUGUCGACUGUAUCUAUUUCAUAGCUAGACUUCUUAUACAAAAAAAGAAAUACUGCCACGUAGUAGCGGAUCAUUUCGUCUUCAGAUUGCCAGGUUUUAAUCUAUUACUUGAGGUACAUGGAGUUAUACAUGGACCAAAAGAAGAAUGUGUCAGGAGUUUGCAGAAGGGCCGUCUGCUGGCCAUUGCCCCAGGCGGUGUUCGGGAAGCGCUCUUCAGCGAUGAGAUGUAUACGAUUCUCUGGGGUGAUCGGAAGGGCUUUGCUCAGGUGGCCAUUGAUGCAAAAGUGCCCAUCAUUCCUAUGUUUACACAAAAUGUUCGAGAAGGCUUUAGGACAUUAGGAGGAAUAAAAAUACUUAGGACACUAUAUGAACGUAUUAGAUUGCCAAUAGUUCCUUUGUACGGUGGGUUUCCAGUCAAGCUUCGUACAUUUGUUGGAGAACCCAUUCCAUAUGAACCAAAUAUAACUGCUGAGGAACUAACUGAAAAGGCAAAAGCAGCACUCCAAGCUCUAAUAGACAAACAUCAGAAAAUACCAGGAAAUAUAUUUAGGGCUUUAAUGGAACGAUUUCAAACACAAAAGAAAGAAGAUUAAGGUCUUCUAGCUAAACUAUUAUUUAGCUAUAACAGUCUAAACUCAUUAGUAACUUAUUCUUCUAAUAAUACAUUUUAAAUACUGUCCUAAUGAAACUGAUGUAUAACUUAAGCUGUAAGACACUUUCCCUUCCCCCCUGUCCAGUGUCAAGCUCAGGAAACCAAACUUCAGAUCAUUCAUAAUGGGGCAAAGCUUAGUCUUUGAUAAACGCAUUCCUACCUGAAAAGUGUUUUUUUCCAAAAAUGACACUUCAAGUCUUUAUGUACAUGGUCUGGUACCUUCUUUUUUUUUUUUCCCCUGCUUGCUCUUUCAUCUGAAUGUUAGACAGUGAACCAAGGAAGUUUGUUACAGAAACCACCCUGAUGUGGUGAAUGAGAACCCCAUAGCACAUUGCUGUUCCAAGCCCAGCCAUAUUGGAUGUCUGCCCUUGAGCAGAGUGUUCUCCCACAUACUGAUCAGUGACUCUGCAAAUUCUCCUUAGAAAGAAUGAGCCAAGCAUUUAAACUUUAGAAGUGGAAAUGAUAGUCGUGUAAGCUUAUAAAGCUUUACUUUGAAGGAAGGAAUAGAUUAGUACAAUACUCCUUUUAAAAGCAGUAGUUCCUUGAAGAACAGGAUAGACAUUCCCAAAACCCCCUUAAAUUUAGUAUAUGUGUAAACCAUUAAACAUUAAUAUUCUUCAAAUGCAGUUAUUUAAGUAAGUUAUUCAAUCAGGGUUGAGAGGGAAAUCCUAUGUUCUUUCCUUAAGUGAAAACAAUUGAAUGAACAGGAAAGAGUUGCUUUUGUGCACUUACAGUAAAUUAAAUUAUUAUAUUUUUUUCUCAACUAAAGCCUAUACUUUUUUUGUCCAAAUAGGAAAUAUCUGAAAUAUUUCCUCUGAUUGCCAGAACAUUUAAUGUAUACUUCUUAAAAUAACAUAUGGGAACUGUUUGGUUUUGGGAUGAGAACAGCUUCCUUAAGGAAAGAGGAAAUAAGUUUUUGCUGUAUUAUGUGGUGUCCUUCCAGUAUUGUUGGAGUUGGACCUUUUCCUAAAAAAAACACCCCAAAACCGAAAAAAAAAACCCAAACCCUUGACUUUUGCAAGUUUUAUUCAAUUUAGUAUCCACUCCUCCCACCAUUUAAGCAAAAGCUUUGCUUUAUAUUCUUCUAAAUGUGUACAUUAGUGAGAUCAGGUAAGCACAUGUGGAUGUUGCCCGAUGUCAGAAAAAUAUCACUUUAUGGGAAGGAGUCUAUAAAUUACAGUUUACAAAAAGCUUACUUUUUAUAUAAAAAAUAUUUUAUGUGGUGUUAAAUUGAACUUACUAAAGGUUGGGGAAGAAUCAUGUAAUAUAAAAUUAAAUGCCCAUUCUGAAAUGUUUUUAAAUGACUUGAGUUUUCUUUGAAGGCAAGAUUAUGUUCUUUUUAAUUUAUCAGAAUGUUUUGUAAAAAAAUUAUGUUAACACACUAUGUUGUUAAAAUUGGUAAUGCCAAAUUCCUACACUGGAGUGUAAUGACACUUACUGUCCAUCUUGAGGAAAAUGUACCUCAUUCUACAUUGUGAAAUUCUUAAAGACAGCUGAACAUAUUAUGUGCUGAGGUUGCAUGUAUGUAAAAGAAAACUCAGUUUAAAAGUUUCUGUUAUACACUGACAGACCUUUGUGAUCUGAGAUUUUGUAAAAUUUAUUUUACUAAAUACAUGAGCUGCUUGGUGCAGUUUUGUCCCUUUAAAUAUUGAAAUAUGAGUAUAAAACAUGAAGGGCAGUAUUGGUACUCUAAGUAUUGGUACUUUACUAUUGGUACUCUAUAUUUGUGUAGGCCUUUCGUAUUUUUUUCUAUAUAUAAAAAAUAAUGUAUAGAAGAAACCUUUCAAAUAAAAUUGACAGCUGGAACAGG